AUGUUGGACAAAGUAAAACAUGUUAUAUUGGUGCUGUCGGGAAAAGGUGGUGUUGGUAAAUCCACCGUCAGUACACAAUUGGCAUUGGCCUUAAGGGAAUCUGGUUUGAAGGUUGGCUUAUUAGACAUUGAUUUGUGUGGCCCAUCAGUUCCAUAUCUUUUGGGUCUGGAAGGUCGUGACAUCUAUCAAUGCGAUGAAGGUUGGGUCCCCAUUUACACGGACGAAAGUAAAAGUCUGGCUGUCAUGUCCAUCGGAUUCCUGCUGAAAAAUCGCAAUGAUCCAGUUAUUUGGCGUGGUCCGAAAAAAACUAUGAUGAUUAAACAAUUCCUUACCGAUGUCAAGUGGGAUGAGCUGGACUAUUUGAUCAUUGACACACCACCUGGUACUUCAGAUGAACAUAUCACCGUUAUGGAAUGUAUGCGUGAUGUACGUUGUGAUGGUGCCAUAAUUGUUACCACACCACAAGGUGUUGCCUUGGAUGAUGUCCGCAAAGAGAUAACAUUUUGUAAAAAGACCGGUAUCCAGAUAUUGGGUAUUGUAGAGAAUAUGAGCGGUUUUGUUUGCCCCCAUUGUACGACAUGUACGAAUAUUUUCUCAUCAGAGGGUGGUGUGGAGUUGGCCAAAAUGACGGGGGUGCCACAUUUGGGCACGGUGCCCAUCGAUCCACGUGUUAGUGUUUUGAAUGGUACAACACGUUCGGUGUUAACGGAAUUACCGGAAUCGGGAACGGCGGCCACUUUUAAGUUGCUGGUUGAGAAAAUAACAGCGUAA